CUUAGCGGUCGGUUAGCAACCACAUCAACAGCAGGAUGCUCGGACAGCUGUUACACUGAAACUCACACUCUGCGGUUUAUUCACGCGUCUGUGCGAACCGCACCGCCAUGCGUGGCACGCAGGAGCGCGUGCACACAGAGAGAGCAGACCCACCGCCGCUGCGGAGCUAACAGGCUAAUAGGCUAACUGUCAGAAUGAGGCUUUGUUAAUCUUUAUCAACACCUGGACUCAGAGACAACGACAGUCAGACAACAUGGACUCACUGCUGGACUUUGAGGAGUGUGUCAUAGACUCACCUGAGUUCAGACUGAACCUGGAUCAGUUUGAGAAGGACGUUUCUCUUUUGGAGACAAAACUGGACAAGGUGAUGAAGCUGUGCGGCAGGAUGGUGGAGGCGGGACAAGCCUACAGUUCAGCCAACCAGCUGUUGCUGAGCAGCCUGGCGGAGCUCUCCAUUUGCCAGAGGAAGGAAAACGUCAUCACUAACUGUCUGAACCAGUUUAACCAGGGUCUGCAGGAAGUGGUCAGCUUCCACACUAUGUUGUUUGAUCAGACCCAAAGAGCCAUCAGUCAACAGCUGACCAACCUCUGCACACAGUUCCUCCCCCAGCUGGCAGAGACCAGGCGGGAGUUUGUUCGGAUCAGUGAGGAUCUGGAGACAGCGGCGGUAAAAAACGCUCAGGUGUCUCGCCACAAAGCCGGCGAUGCUGAGAGGGCCAGUCACCUGCUGCUCGCCACGCGUAAAUGCUACCAACACUUUGCCUUGGACUACUGUCUGCAGCUCAACACCUUCAAAACUCAGCAGAGGGCAGACAUCUUGAACUCUGUCUUCUCCUUCGUUCAGGCUCAGUUCACUUUCUUCCACCAAGGCUUCGACCUAAUCAGAGACCUGGAUCCCACCAUGAAGACCAUGGCAGCACAGUUGUCCCAGCUGUCUACAGAGUGUUCGGUUAAAAGAAAAGACCUGGAGAACAAACACCUGCUGGUGCAGCAGAGAGAUGCCUCGGGCGAGCCGAUGGUCAGCCCGUGUCCUGGCAGUGAUGACAUCAUCCAGGGUUAUCUGUUCAAACGGUCCAGGAGGAAAUCUAAAACCUGGAAGAGAUGCUGGUUUUCCAUCAGAGACAAUCAACUAAUCUACAGAAAGUCACACAAGGACGACGCCAUGGUUCUGUUCGAGGAUCUCAGACUCUGUGCCGUCAAAUCCCUGGAACACAUCGAUCGACGUUUCUGCUUCGAGCUGCUCUCCGUCCAGAAGUGCUGUGCUCUGCAGGCCGACUCGGAGCAGCUGAAACAGGCCUGGCUCAACACUCUGCAGGGCAGCAUCGACCUCGCUUACAGAGAGAGAGCCGGCGCUCCACUCACACAGCCGAAAGAGCCCCCCUCUCUCCUGUGUGGUGGGAGUGACUCACCAGGCCCCCCCGCUCAGAGGCAGGCUGCCCUGGGCGUGGCCCUGAGGGGCCCGGGGAACCAGCGGUGCUGUGACUGCGGCGAGGAAGAGCCUCGCUGGGCCUCCAUCAACCUGGGAGUCACCAUGUGCAUCGAGUGCUCCGGCAUACACAGGAGCCUGGGUGUUCACCUGUCUAAGGUCCGAUCUCUCACUCUGGACUCAUGGGAGGCUGAACAGCUGAAGCUCCUGUGCGUCUUAGGAAACGAUGUCAUGAACCGGAUCUACGAGGCUCGAUGUUCAGAAGAAGGGCGAGUUAAGCCCUCCGCAAACAGCCCUCGAUCCGAGAAAGAGAUGUGGAUCAAAGAGAAAUAUGUGGAGAAGAGAUUUGUGCAGAACAGCCGCUCAGAGAGAGAUCAGCGUCAGAAGGUCGAGGCCGGGCUGCGUCUGUAUCAGGCGGCGUUGGUGGGAGACCUGGUUGCUAUGGCAGCAGCGCUGGCUGAGGGGGCGGAGGUCAACGGUAGCAUCGCAGAGGAGGAGGGACGUACGGGACUGAUUGGAGCUGCUGUCGGG